AUGGAUCCUGAGCUAUACAAUGCUGCAAUUUAUGGAAGCAAUGUUUUGUCUGAGAAGCUCACAGAAGAAGGUUCAAACAUAUACCUUGGCCAACUGACAUCCCAAAACAACACCAUUCUUCAUGUUGCAGCAAAGUCCGGGCAGAGCAAGCUCGCGGAAGAUGUUCUAUACUCGAAUUCUUCGCUUCUUCAUGAGACGAACAUGAAGGGAAAUACUGCACUGCACAUUGCGGCCAGGUUAGGACACUUGGAAAUGAGUCGUUUAUUACUAAACAAGGCGAAAGAGCGAGAGCUUGAAGCUGACAUAAGCCUAUUGAGGAUGGCUAACUUGAAGGGCGACACAGCUCUUCAUGAAGCUGUUCGAAAUGAUCAUUACGAGGUUGCCAUGUUGCUGAUUGACGAAGACCGAGACUUGACAUGUUUUGUCAAUAACGUUGGAGAAUCUCCUCUGUUCUUGGCUGUGGAUAGAGGGUUUUACAAAGUUGCUCUUCAUAUUCUUGAGGCUGCUCCAAAGUGCUCUUAUGGGGGAAGAAACGGCAUGAAUGCUUUGCAUGCAGCGGUGAUUCGCACGCAUAAAAGUAAUCAGUUCAAGUCCACUGACAAACAGACUCAUCCAUUAUGGAAUAAAUGUUCCUAUAUUCAUCAAUUCAUAUCUUCUCAUUUCAAGUUUCCUCGCUCAAAGUAUGAUUUAACUAUCACAGGACCAGAUUUUGUGGGAAAGGUAUUGAGAAAAUGCCCAUCUUCAAUGGUGGAAGCUGAUGACUUCGGUUGGAUUCCUCUUCACUACGCGGCACACUUGGGCAACAUGGAAGUUGUGGAACUAUUUUUGGAGAUCAACCAUUCUUCCAUUGUGUACAUAAAGGACAAAGAAGGCAUGUCUGCACUUCACAUUUCAGCCAAGGAAGGACAUGUUGGUGUGAUGAGAUCAAUAAUAACGAAAUGCCCGGAUACUUGUGAGUUGUUGGAUGACAAAGAUCGGACAGCUCUUAAUGUUGCUGUGGAAAGUAGAAAGAAAAAUGCAGUAAAAUUCUUCCUUCAGACACUGGCUUUUCAAGAUCUUAUAAAUGAGCAAGAUAAAGAGGGAAAUACGCCUCUUCAUCUCGCUGCCCUUCAAGGACAUGCCAAGAUUUUGGAAAUGCUGGCAAGGGAUCCAAGAGUUGACAAAGGGGCUCUAAACAAGGCUGGAAUGACCGCCGUUGAUAUUGUUCAAUCGAGCAAGAUUCUUAAAGAGCUCGAAAUACUUAAAACUCUGAGUAUGGCAGCCUUUGAGAUAAAGGGAGCUCUACCAAGUUUGGAACAAAAGGUGAUCAGACAGACUACAGAAGCACAGAAAAUUUAUGUCAAAGAUCAUGAGAAACUGAAAGACACAGAAAGUGAAGUAAAGGAGGAAAUGGUUGGAGAAAGUAAUUACAUUGCAAGAAAGAACUUUUACAAAGAAGAUGAUCCAGAAACAAACUCUCUAGAUCUUAAGAACAUGGCAGGCCUUAAUUUGUUGGCGUCAACAAUCAUAGCGAUGGUUACGUUUGCAGCAGCCUUCACAAUGCCCGGCGGAUACAACGAGAAAGGCAUGGCAAUUUUGAGCGGAGAAAAGGCUUUCAAGAUGUUUCUGUUGUUUGAUUCUCUGGCUUUCGGUUGCUCAGCGGCUUCCAUGUUUGUCCACUUUUUGGCUGCAGCUUGGCCUAGACGGCUGUGUUUCACGUACCCAAUAUACUGUGUGACUGUCUUAACAGAGUUGUCACUUGUGGGAAUAGCGCUGGCCUUUGUGCAUGGUUCACUUGCAGUCUUCCCUGACAAUUCAGGGCUUGCUAAUUUGGCUACAAAUAGUGUUCUCUUGUCCUUUUCCAUUCCCAUUUUGUAUUUUGGUCUGAAGAUUGGUUACAAUGCCUAUUACUUGUUCAAAGGCUGCCGUCUUUCCUCGAAAAAGUGGUGUUACAAGAUACGGUAA